UGUUGGAUAACCCCCACGUUGGAGCACUGAGCAAGGGAGCAUCCCUGCUCGGUUGCAUUUACCGGCACCCACAGCCCUCCACCACCAUGUCCUGAUAAGUCUUCAGGACCACCAUGUCAUGUUGAUCAAGAGAUGUACGAUGAAGGUGCCAGUUGCCGUCAUCCGUCUGCCUCGCGGGCCUGAUGGAUCGAGCCGUGGCUUUGAUCCCAGCUCUCUCCGUUUCCAGGCUCUGGGCCCCGCCAGCCUCUCCUUUGCCGUCCCCAGGAAUGCGGCUGAGCUGGAGCAAGAGCAGCAAGGCCGAGUGGCACUGCGGGAACGCUAUCUGCGCAGCCUGAUGGCCAUGGCAGGGCGGUCCGUUGACUUCACCAUGUACGAGAGGGUCAACGUGACCGCCUUGUUUGGAACCUCCGACGUUGACAUCCUGAACUUCCAGGUGUCUGAACUGCAGACCCCGCUGGGUGUUCAGAGGGAAGCCCUCCUCCGCUGUUCAGACAUCAUCGCUUACUCCUUCGAGCUUUGAGGGCUCUUCCCAUUACUACUUUUAAUAAUAAAAGCAUCUGUUACA